CGGACGGGGGCGCCAACCGGGUGUUCGACGGCAUGCCGGACCUGCUCCCGGGCGAGGACCCCGACGAGAUCCGCGAGAGGUACAAGCCCGAUGCUAUCAAGGGAGAUAUGGACUCUAUAAGGCCAGAAGUGAAGGAAUACUAUUCCAAUCUGGGUGCCAAAAUAAUCGAUGAAUCACAUGAUCAGGACACUACAGACCUGCACAAAUGCAUAUCGUUCAUCACCACAAAUCCACCUGACCCCGACAAUUCUAAUCUGUGCAUUCUUGUUCUUGGCGCACUUGGAGGAAGGUUCGACCAUGAGAUGGGCAACAUCAAUGUAUUAUAUCGCUUCUCAAGCAUCAAGAUCAUCCUCCUGUCAGACGACUCCUCGAUCUUUCUGCUCCCAAAGACACACAGUCACGAGAUCCAUGUUGAUCCAUCGAUCGAGGGUCCUCAUUGUGGAUUGAUCCCCAUGGGCGCACCAUCAAGUAGCACCACCACUACAGGGCUCCGGUGGAAUUUAGAUAACACCAGCAUGAGCUACGGUGGAUUGGUAAGCACAUCAAACAUUGUGGACGAGGAGAAAGUAACGGUGACUUCUGAUUCUGAUUUGAUUUGGACAAUAUCGCUUCGGAAACAUGCUUAAAUUGUACUAUAUUGUACAGUAGACUAUGGUCCAAAAUUUUGGCUCAUCCAAUUUGGGUGAACAAAGUCAGCAAUUGUUACUGUGAUGUGAUGAUAUGUUCCAUUUCAUUGGAAAUUUGGCGUCAGUAACCUGAAGAGAUGGGUGUCCGCGUAUUUUAGCGCCUUGUUUUUGUAUCUGACAUUAUUGUUCAGCUAUCGACAUUGGAUCAGUCAAUUCUUUGGAUAUGUACUCUGAAGUU